AUGAGUUCAACUGAAAAUGUAAUACAAAGGGGAAAACUUCUAGUUCAUAUAGCAGAAAACGGGCAUUCAUUUGAGCUUGAUUGUGAUGAAGACACCCUUGUUGAAUCUGUCCAACAAUAUCUUGAAUCCCUUUCAGGAAUUCGCCUAAAUGAUCAACUUAUUCUCUAUUUGGAUUUAAAAUUAGAACCUCAACAGCCACUUUCUGCAUACAAACUCCCAUCAGAUGAUCGAGAGGUUUUCUUAUUCAAUCGAGCCAAAAUGAGAACCAAUUCCACUCCACCAAGCCCUGAAGAACCUGAAGUAGCUGAAAAUUACCAUCUUGACCCUCCACCCCCAUCUUCCUCCCAUGAUCCACAUCCAUUAGAUGAAGCCUCUGAUCCUGCUUUAAAGGCUUUACCCUCAUACGAAAGACAAUUUAGAUACCAUUACCAGCUUGGAGACGCAAUUUACCGACGUACCCUUAUGAAAUAUGAGGCCAGUGAGCGGAUUUCAAGAAAGCACAGGGUGCAAGAGAAGGCACUGGAGAUUGCCAGGGGUAAUUUGGACCAUUUCUAUAAGAUGAUCCUACAAAACUACACUGAUUUCGUGAGGUGUUAUUCUCAGCAGCAAAGAGCACAUUCGAAUUUGUUGGUGAAUUUUGGGAGGGAUUUGGAGAGGCUAAGGUCGAUUAAACUUCUUCCUCUGUUACAGAGUGGUGAUCGAAAGUGUUUGUCGGAUUUUGUGAAAGAAGAUAAUUUGAGAAAAAUGGUGGAUGAUUGUAGUAAUUCUCAUAGACAGUUUGAAAGUAAAGUUGGAGAGUUUAAGCAGGAAUUUGGAGAAUUAAAGAGAAGCACUGAGUGUUUGUUUUCUAGUAAAGCUUCAAUUCUUGGUAGAGAUUUGGAGAGAACUGUUAAGGAGCACCAGCAUCAUAUUAAUGAGCAGAAAAGCAUUAUGCAGGCUUUGAGCAAAGAUGUGGGCUUAGUGAAAAAACUCGUGGAUGAUUGUUUGACUAGUCAACUCUCCAAUUCCCUUCGUCCACAUGAUGCUGUUUCUGCAUUGGGCCCCAUGUAUGAAGGUCAUGACAAAAGCUACAUCCCCAAAAUGCAAGCAUGUGAACGUGCCAUUUCCAACCUUCUCACUUUCUGCAAAAACAAAAAAUCAGAAAUGAACACUUUUGUACACAAAUACAUGCAAAAAAUUGCAUACAUUCAAUACACCAUCAAAGAAAUCCGCAACAAAUUCUCACUUUUCACCGAAGCCCUAAAACGCCAAAAUGACCAAUUUGACCAUUUAAAAGUCAUCCGUGGCAUCGGGCCCGCAUACCGUGCUUGUUUAGCAGAAAUAGUGAGAAGAAAAUCCUCCAUGAAGCUUUACAUGGGAAUGGCUGGACAUUUAGCUGAAAAACUUGCAUCCAAAAGGGAAGUUGAAAUAAGGAGAAGAGAAGAGUUUUUAAAAGUUCACAGUUCUUAUAUUCCAAGAGACAUUUUAGCUUCAAUGGGGCUAUACGAUACCCCUAACACAUGUGAUGUGAAUAUAGCUCCAUUUGAUGCGAAUUUACUCGAUAUUGAUGUAUCGGAUAUUGACCGUUUUGCCCCUGAGCAUCUAGUCGGGCUUUCUUUCAAAAAGGGCGUUGAGGAAACUUCCGAAAGUGGGAAUGAUUUUAUCGAGGCUUCUGAAUUGGUUGAGAUUGCUGGAACUAGUAAAAUUGAAGUUGAAAAUGCAAAAUUGAAAGCCGAAUUAGCUUCCACAAUUGCUCUCCUUUGUUCUUUUUCACCCGAAGUUGAAUUCGAAUCACUUGAUGAUAGUAAAGUAGGCGAUUUGCUAAAAAACGCAACCGAAAAAACCGCUGAGGCGUUACGUUUGAAAGAUGAACACGAAAAGCAUUUGUUAUCAAUGCUAAAAACGAAACAUUUGCAAUGUGAAUCAUAUGAGAAAAGGAUAAAGGAACUCGAACAAAGACUUUCGGAUCAGUAUACUCUAGAAGUCAAACUCAAUAAAGACGAGUCAACCGGGAAAACCGGGGAUUCAAAAUCGGAAAUCUUCUCUCCUAUGGAUGAGGCUUCUUAUGGGUCAAAUACGCAUCUGGAUUCAUCAAUGCCAGAUGAGAAAGAUGAAAAGGAGGCCAUGGUGGCGAGCUCUAGCGGCGAUUACAUGCCGGAGAAAAGUUUUCCGGCGAAGACCGGUGGUGGUGGUGGUGGUGAUGUUGUGGAGUUGCAGAGUUUGGUUGCUGAGAAGACAAAUGAAGUAAAUGAAAUGGAAAUAAAGCUCCGUGAAGCUAUGGAUGAGAUUGCAAGGCUGGGUAACGAGUUGGAAAUCAGCCGGAAUCUUCUAGAUGAAUCUCAGAUGAAUUGUGCACACUUAGAGAAUUGUCUACACGAAGCAAGAGAAGAGGCGCAGACACAUCUAUGUGCAGCUGACCGUAAAGCAUCGGAAUACACCGCGCUACCUCAAUCUCUUGCCACUUGUGCAAAUGAGAAUAGUGAUGAUGGUGUGGCGGAGUUUCGUGAAUGUGUGCGCGUGUUGGCUGAGAAAGUGGGAGUGCUGACUAGGCAACGAGCCGAGCUUAUCGAGAGGUACACAAAGGCGGAGGCAUCACAUGAAGAGCUCACAAAGGAGUUGAAUGAAAAGAAAGAAUUGAUCAAUACUUUGUAUGUCAAGCUUCAAUCCGAAAAACAGGUGAACAAGGAGAAGAUAUCAUUCAGUCGUUUAGAGCUUCAUGAGAUAGCAGCAUUUGUACUUAACAAUGUAUCAGGCCACUAUGAAGCUAUCAACCGAAACUCUGCUCAUUCUCAUUACUUUCUUUCUUCAGAAUCUGUAGCCUUAUUUGCUGAUCACCUUCCAAACCGGCCCACAUACAUUGUGGGUCAAAUCGUGCACAUCGAGAGACAAACUGUGAAAUCAUCUCCGGUGCGACCCGGCUCGAACCCGUAUGGGUUACCGGGUGGGGUUGGGUGUGAGUACUUUGUGGUGACUGUAGCCAUGUUACCUGACACAACCAUUCAUUCGCCUACUGUUGCUUCCUGAUCGUUUAAAUUUGGUCAGAUAUGAUGGAAGAAAAGAAAAAAAAAGAUAGAGGCAAGUGUACAUAGAUGACGUUUUAAUGGGAAAUUUGAAAGUUUAAUGAUUGAAUUUUAUUUCAGUUUGGUGUACAGUUGAUAUGAUGAUGGUAAUAUGUUCAGUUGUAUAUAUGUACGUACCCUGAUCAUGUAAAAAAAAAAAAAAAAAAUA